AACCGAGACUUAUCCAGGGUGACAUGAAUCCUACACGUUAUUUGUUUUAAUCAGGGAUCAUAUUUUUUAUUUUAGUAGUUUAAUUAAUUACCCCGGGUAGAAAAACUACAACUACAACGUAUUUUUGAGCUUCGCGGCUUGCCGUAGACUGUCUGCCAUCAUUGUUAUCAGUCAGUAGCUCGUCGUGUUUGUAGCAAAGAGCUAGCUGCUGCUAAGUACCUGCUGUCACUGCUCAGAAAUUCCAUUGAGACAGGGUUCCCUUUCAAACGUAUGUAUAUAUUUUAUAGUUUAUUUAUAUAAUUUCGAGGUCUUCUGUAUUUUAACACAUCGUAAUACGUUGUGUAGAGAAGGGGCCGCCCGUCAGGACAGGUAAACAAACUAUAGCCGAGCUACGCUCAGUAGCCACCAUCUCCCUUCUCGUGUCGUCGCCUGUAAAUGGAAACAUCUCUUGUUUCGCAAUGAACUGUCGCUCGGAGGUUCUGGAGGUGACAGUGGAGUCGAGGCAGGUGGAGGAGGCCAUGCUGGCUCUGCUGCACACCAUCUUAAUGCACCGCAGCACCGGGAAAUUUCACUACAAGAAGGAGGGCACCUACUCCAUCGGUACAGUGGGCACACUUGAUUUCGAUUGUGAUUUCAUCGACUUCACCUUUGUCAGAGUGUCCUCAGAGGAGCUGGACAGGGUGAUCAGGAAGGCUGUGUCUGAAUUUAAGGACGCUUUGAGCAAUUCAGGCAGCGACGGCAUGGGGCAAAUCUCCCUGGAGUUCUACCAGAAGAAGAAAUCUCGCUGGCCUUUUUCAGAUGAGUGUAUUCCCUGGGAGGUGUGGAGCAUCAAGGUCAAUGUUGUCAACCUCGCCAACGAGCAGGAGAGACAGAUCUGCAGGGAGAAAGUGGGCGAGAAGCUGGGGGAGAAGGUGAUCAACGUGGUUGAGGUCAUAAAUCGCCACGAGUACCUGCCAAAGAUGCCCACCCAGUCAGAAGUGGACAAUGUUUUUGACACCAGUCUCAAAGAUGUUCAGCCAUACCUUUACAAAAUCACAUACCAGAUCACUGACUCCCUGGGAACCUCCGUAAGCACCACAAUGAGGAGGCUGAUUAAAGACACCUUGGCACUGUGAGGAUGCUCCAACACAGAGAAGAGAAAGUUAUGGAUGACUUCAAACCUUAAAAAUAUCUGUAGUAACAUCUGUCAUCUCUUUUUAUGUUAAAACAUUUUUUUUUCAGCUCCACUUCUGCUACAGUGAGUGUCAGAUAACUUUUCAGACGUCUCUGUCAUGGUUCUGGUAUUGAU